UUUCUUAUUCCUUAAUAUGGUAGGAUCAUUGCCAAAUUAUUACGAGUGAUUUGUAACACAUUAUUUUUAUACUUAAACGCGUGAAAUCUUUUUAAGGGAAUCACACUAACAAUGGCUCCAAUUCGUUUGGAACCCUCUAAAGUAGGCUUUCUACUUAAACUUUGUUAUUACAAAAAUCUCAACCACUUUCCUAGAUGUUUAAUUGUUUUUCCAUCAUAAAUUGCCAUAAUUUCCUCUCAUCCAACAAUUAUCUCCUUUAUACAAUCAUCUUACACUUUCAAUUUCUCUCUCCUCAAAGUUUAUUUGAUUUUCCCCCAAUAACUCCUCCUCAAACCCCACAUUAGGGGGAAGAAAAUCUCAUUUAGAAGAAAAUUACUAAUAUUCAUAAUAACAAUGGAGCAUCGACCAAUUGAGGUGAAGUUACUCAAUGCAAAGGAUUUGAAGGAUGUAAAUAUAUUUUCUAAGAUGGAUGUCUAUGUAAUCGGUUCCGUUUCCGGGGACCCACGGUCCAUACAACGAACUACGGUUGACAAAGAUGGUGGGACCAACCCAAAAUGGAACCAUGAAAUGAAAUUUACAUUUGAUGAAUCAGCCGCUCGAAUGAACCGGCUUGGUUUGGUUUUUCAAAUUAUGUCGGACCGGACCCUUGGGGAUAAGGAAGUGGGUCGGGUAUAUGUACCUCUAAAGGAGCUAUUUGAUACAUUUGGGUCCGAAGUUAAAGAUGAGAGAUCGGAUAAUGAGAUGAUCGAUCAAGAAAAGAAUAUGUUAUACCAAGUCCAAACCCCCACGGGUAAAUUUAAGGGUCAAUUAGAGUUUUCGUUUAAGUUUGGUAAAAAAUAUAGUCAAAGUGUCGAACGAAAAUUGGAUGAUCUAGUCAUAGCAUAUCCCGCGGUGGGUCCAAGUCCUGGGGUGAUGGGUACAAGUAUUGUACAAGGAUAUGGAACUACCCCAAACCCUGGACCCACAUCAAAAUCUGAACCUACUUCUAUAUAUCCAAGCCCAAAUAUAGGUGGGGCCACUUGUCAUGGUGCACCUCAACCUGGAUACCCGCCACAAGGUUACGGGCAUGGGUAUGGAUAUGGAUGCGGCUACGGAUAUCAACACCAAUAUACCCCCCAACCGUUCCCUAAUCCUCAUGUGGGAUAUGGGUACGGGUUUCCGGGAGGGUAUGGUUACGCAGGACAAGCACCGACGGGUUAUACGCCAAAACCGAAAAAGAAUAAAUUCGGGCUAGGGGCUGUGGCGGGUAUUGGGGCCGGGUUGUUGGGAGGGUUGUUGGUGGGGGAAAUGGUUGAUGAUGUUGCUGAUUCACUAGCCUAUGAUGACUCAUUUGAUUAUUAGCUGUUUUAUUCAAAUGGAGAUUUUAUAAAAUAGUGAUAUGGGGGAAGUUAGUUAAUGUUGACUAUAUUUUUAUUUUUUUAUAGUUGACAUGGCAAUUAUUAAUGAUUAAAAACAAAAAUAUGAGUAUCUCCCAACAGUCCAAAGUUAAAUAUAUUUCAGAAUAUUAAGACAAAAUCUAACCAUACAAGAUACAUUUUCACUUGCAUGACUAAAUUAUAGAUAUAUGUUGAAAAUGGAAAUACAUUUUGUAUUGACAUUAAUUUUGGUAAUUUUAUAGCCUCUAGAAAAACAUAGCUAUAAAUUUCAAGGAUUUUAUUUUUGAUUGAUAUGAGACAUGUAUUGUUGCUUUUUUUUUCAUUGCAAUACGCCAAUAUUUGCAAAUCAGCAAUUCAGCAGUACAAAACCAGGAAAAAAACAAAAAAGAAAAUAAAAUAAAGAAAAAUAAUACCCCCUCCGUUUCAAUAUGAUAGUCCCAUAUGGA